AUGACAAAAAGGAUGCAGAGAAUAUGCUUCAGAACCUUCACGAAGAAUAUCUGGCUGAAGGUGGACAAGGUGAUUGCAAAGAAGAUAUUCAACCAAACCAUUUCCAAAAUAGUGAAACGACUUAUACACAAAAGGAUUAUGGAGACCGUUGUCGUUCAUGGUGUAGAGCCUGUCUCCAGCAAACUACACGUGUUUGAUCGGAAAAAACAAGAAAACAUUGCGGGCAACAAAAAUGGAGCACUGGAGAAGGAGUUGUGUCGCGAGAACUGGUCACAUUUGGAGAAUUUAGUCGUUUCUGAUGACACCUACAAUACUCCUGGACCUAUAGAUGCUCUCAUCGGGUGCGAGUUAUUCCCUUUAAUUUUGUUGCCUGAGAAGGUGUGCGGUAAAGAGUUGGAACCUGUCGCAUUCAAUACAUUAUUUGGCUGGCUGGAUCAUAUGGAACCCGUGUCUGCUCCUGUCUCUGACGUUGCCCAGCGCCACUUCUACAUCCCUCACCAUGGGGUUACUAAUUCGAAUAGUACGACUACUGCAUUGCGCGUAGUCUUUGACGCAUCUUGCAGUCCGCGGGAUCGAUCGUUGAAUGACACUUUGUUGAUUGGUCCCAAACUACAAAAUGAAAUUGUAAGUAUUCUGUUAAGUUUUCGAAGGUUUCCUGUAGCAUUUACUGCCGAUAUCAAAAUGAUGUAUCGACAAAUACUUGUUAAUGACAGCCACCAAGACUACCAACGUAUUUUAUGGAGAUUCUCCCCUCGAGAACCUGUUCAAGAUUUUUGCCUAAAAACCGUAACCUACGGAUUAAAUUCAGCUCCUUUCCUUGCUCUGAGAUGUCUUUUACAAUUAGCCACCGAGGGUAGAGAUAGAUUUCCUAGGGCCGCAGCAAUUUUAGCGUCCCAAGUGUAUGUUGAUGAUAUAUGUGUAUCUUGUAAAUCUUUAGAGGAUGCUGUGGAUAUCAAACAACAACUUAUUGCUCUAUUGGAUGAGGGUUGUUUUUUCCUUAGAAAAUGGUCUAGCAAUUGUGUUGACUUCUUAGCUACUAUACCUUCAGAUAUUCUACAGAAACCUCUCGCACUUGACACUAAAUCCGAUCCUUACUUGAAGGUUUUGGGUCUCAGAUGGUCUCCAGAGAAGGAUAUCUUCUCAUACGACAUACAAUUUCUCAACUCGACAUGUACUAAGAGAUCUAUACUUUCUGAAAUCUCCAGAAUUUUUGAUCCAAUUGGAUUACUUUGUCCCAUAACUCUAUUAGUUAAGCAGCUAAUGCAAUCUUUAUGGGCGAGAGGUAUCGACUGGGACAGUGAAGUGCCCGCAGAUAUUGCCCAAAGGUGGACCGACUACAAAAAUGAAUUGCCAAGUCUGUCAGCAUUAGAAAUACCCCGUUAUUGUUUUAUUUCAAAGUAUGUUAGUUUAGAAUUCCAUGCUUUUGGGGAUGCUUCAGAGCUAGGUUAUGGAAGUUGUAUCUAUUCUCGCCUCGUGUCUCCAGAUGGCCAAAUUUCUACUUAUCUCCUCUAUGCUAAGAGUAAAGUAUCUCCAUUGAAGAGAUUGAGUCUUCCUAAAUUGGAAUUAAGUGCUGCAUUAAUGGCUUCCAAAUUGCUUAAAUAUGCCUUAAAUGUCUACAACAUUCCCGACGUACAAAAUAUUUAUGCUUGGUCUGACUCGACUAUAGUCCUAGGUUGGAUAAGGUCACCGCCCUGUCGUUGGCGCACUUUCGUCUCAAACAGGGUGAGUCAGAUUCAAGACAAUGUAGCACCUGAACGUUGGUUUCACAUCAAAUCAGAAGACAAUCCAGCUGACCUUGCGAGUCGCCCUGUCCUUCCGUCUGAUUUAGUUGACUGUCCCUUAUGGUGGGCGGGACCAGCUUGGUUGUCGCGUCCCUCCGAAGAGUGGCCCAAACACGAACUUGGUGAAUUGGACGAACCACUACCAGAAGAAAGAGCGACCAUUCUCACGAAAAUACUUCGCCUUAUUACUUAUUGGCGUCGUUUUCUUGGCAUUCGUUUUAAAGUGGUUUCAGUGGUUAAAAAGGGUCCUUUCACGGAGUACGAGUUAUUUCAGAGUCUUCUCCGCAUUGUGAAGCAAGUACAAGCAGAAGCCUUUUAUGAAGACAUUUCCAAUCUUUCGAACAAGAGUGUUUGUUCCAAGCCGUUAAGAAAGCUUGCUCCUUUCAUCGAUGAACAAGGACUUCUCAGGGUAGGCGGACGCCUUACUCACUCUCAACUUGAUUACGAUCAGAAGCAUCCCGUUUUGCUUCCCAACAAACAUAGGUUGACUGAUCUUAUAAUAGAGGAUUUUCAUAAAAGAUACCUUCACUGUGGACAGCAGGCCUUGCGCUAUUUUAUAUCUCAACGGUUUUGGAUUUUGGGUGCUAAAGGAGCUAUAAAACGUAUUGUCCAUAAGUGUUUCCGCUGCUUUCGAACACAUCCUCAGGUAAUAGAACCAAAAAUGGGCGAUUUGCCUAGUUUCCGCAUUACCCAAGCCAAGCCCUUUCAAUGUACUUUUUUGGAUUUCGGUGGCCUUUUUCAGAUACUGAUGUCAAGACAUAAAGGUUGCCGUACUCAAAAGGCUUAUCUAUCUCUCUUUGUGUGUUGUUCUACAAAGUGCCUGCAUUUGGAACUGGUAUCAGACCUAUCCACUUCUGCCUUUCUUGCGUCAUUGCGUCGCUUCAUCAGUCGACGUGGUAGAUGCUCCAAACUGCACAGUGAUAACGGUACCAACUACGUUGGUGCAGCUCGAUACUUAGCAGAUUGCAUGGCUAAAGCAGCCGCUGAGGAAUUGAUCGAGUGGCAAUUUUUCCCUCCUUCAGCGCCUCACUUUGGUGGGUUACACGAAGCUGGCAUUAAAAGCGUCAAAACCCACAUUACUAAAAUCAUAGGGGAACAAUUACUUACCUAUGAAGAAUUUUACACAGUUCUCACUCAAGUUGAGGCCGUACUCAACUCUAGACCACUUUGCGCUAUGAGUAGUGAUCCCAACGAUCUAUCCAGUUUAACACCAGGUCAUUUUCUCUCCUUAGCUCCUUUAUCAGCUAUUCCCGAUCACGACCUCACUUGUGUUCCUAUGAAUAGACUUGAUAGGUGGCAGUUACUGACCAAAAUGCAUCAAUCAUUUUGGAAAAGAUGGCAUAUGGAAUAUCUUCAUUCUUUACAACAGAGAGCUAAAUGGGAUAAAGAUACCACUCUUAUCACGCCGGGCACUCUAGUUGUACUGAAGGAGGAUAAUUUACCUCCCCUCCAGUGGAGACUGGGACGGAUUAAUUCCAUUCACCCUGGUGCUGACGGUGUUCCACGAGUAGUCACUGUCAGAACCCAAAACGGUUUAAUCAAACGACCGGUUAUUAAGGUAUGUCCUCUGCCGGCCAAUUAA